CAGGGAAACCACCAGAGGAGGAUGCUGCAGGCAGCAUGCCACGCUGUGUGCAUGGAUGUCACGCUGUGUGCAUGGACAUCACUCUGUGCAGCAUGCCACACUGUGUGCAUGGAUGUCACGCUGUGUGCAGCACACCAUGCUGUGUGCAUGGACAUCACUCUGUGCAGCACGCCACACUGUGUGCAUGGAUGUCACGCUGUGUGCAGCACGCCACACUGUGUGCAUGGACGUUAUGCUGUGUGCAUGGACAUCACUCUGUGCAGCAUGCCACACUGUGUGCAUGGAUGUCAUGCUGUGUGCAUGGACAUCACUCUGUGCAGCACGCCACACUGUGUGCAUGGAUGUCACGCUGUGUGUAGCACGCCAUGCUGUGUGCAUGGAUGUCAUGCUGUGUGCAUGGACAUCACGCUGUGUGCAGCACACAACACUGUGUGCAUGGACAUCACACUGUGUGCAUGUACGUCACGAUGUGUGCAUGGACAUCACGCUGUGUGCAUGGACAUCACGCUGUGUGCAUGGACAUCAUGCUGUGUGCAGCACACCACACUGUGUGCAUGGACGUCACACUGUGUGCAUGGACAUCACACUGUGUGCAUGGACAUCAUGCUGUGUGCAGCACACCACACUGUGUGCAUGGACAUCACACUGUGUGCAUGGACGUCACGCUGUGUGCAUGGACAUCACACUGUGUGCAUGGACGUCACGCUGUGUGCAGCACACCACACUGUGUGCAUGGACGUCACGCUAUGUGCAGCACACCACACUGUGUGCAUGGACGUCACGCUAUGUGCAGCACGCCAUGCUGUGUGCAUGGACGUCAUGCUGUGUGCAUGGAUGUGCCUUUCUGGGAAGGUGGCAGUGUGCACAGAGCCUGCUUGUCCCUGUCGCAGGCUGCGGGGGUGGGCCUUGAGCCGGCCAAAACCCAGAGUUGGCUUAGUCUCCCAACCCCAUGCAGACCAGGCCACCCUCGUCUUCUACCAGAUGUAAAUUCCCUGUCAGCUUCACCAGAAUCAGCCUGGCUCAGCUUCUGCCCCACCAGGGCAGUGCAAGGCUCCCUCUGGGACUCCUACCAAGUCCCACCCAGGUGCAUUAGGGAAGCGAGGGUAGCAGGCUCCGUGUUGAAGGAAGUGGGUAGGUG